AUGGCCGAGGAUAACCAAACUCCUGCCGCGAGCAGCGCAAACGAUUCUCGCCUGUCAGGCGACUCCAAUGCCGCUUCUCAGAACAAGGAAGGCAAUCGUCGCAACCCACGCCACGAUCACCGAAAGCCUGGCAAAGGACGCACAGAGAAGGGACGAGGAGAGUGGGGUCGUGGGAAGGGCGAUAAGCGCAAGCAGAACGAUGAGUUUAAGGAGUUUAAGCGUCGCAAACUGAACAAGAAUGGCGAUAACGAUACGAGCAACAACCCCUUCUCCAAGGAUGAGAUUGCUGCCGAGGAACGACGACCCAAGAAGAAGGUUGCUGUCAUGAUUGGUUAUGCGGGCACUGGCUACAAGGGAAUGCAAGUCAAUGGCAACGAGAAGACCAUCGAGGCCGACUUGUUCAAAGCCUUUGUCGCUGCAAGCGCCAUCUCCAAGGCCAACGCCGACGACCCCAAGAAGUCAAGUCUUGUUCGAUGCGCCCGAACGGAUAAGGGUGUGCACGCUGCUGGAAACGUUAUUAGCUUGAAGCUCAUCAUCGAGGACGAGGAUAUCGUUGAAAAGAUCAACGCCGAGCUACCAGAGCAGAUCCGAGUUUGGGGCAUCCAGCGAACCAACAACGCCUUCAGCUGUUACCAGACUUGCGACUCAAGAUGGUACGAGUACCUCAUGCCUAGCUACUGCCUUCUUCCUCCCCACCCUGAGAGCUUCAUGGGUCAAAAGUUGGUAGAGCUGGCUAAGGAGCAUGGUGUCGAAGAUGACCUGGCCGCUAAAAUGGCGGAUGUCAAAGACUUCUGGACCGAGGUGGAAGAGAAGGAGAUCAAGCCCAUCCUGGCUCGGUUAGACCCCGAGACCAGGGCUGCUGUGCUGGAAAAGGUUCACGUCCAAGAUGAUGAAGAGAUGGCUGCACGAAAAGCGGCCGAGAAGGAGACGGACAAUACCGAACCUGCAGAGGAGAAGCCUGCCACGGAAGCACCUGCUGGCGAAGCUAUGGACCAGACUCCCGACACCGAGGCUCAACAGCCCGGUGUUGUUCUGGAGAGCCACAAGCCUAAGAACCGUGAGCUCGGUCCUGUCGACUUCGCCCUUCGCGAUAUUAAGGCGGCGUACAUGGCUGCGAAGCGACGAUACCGAGUUAGCACUGAGCGCCUGAACCGCCUUCAGGAGGCUCUCAACAUGUACAAGGGCACAAGGAACUUCCACAACUACACUGUUCAGAAGUCCUACUUUGAUGCUUCAGCUAAGCGACACAUCAAGUCGUUUGUUGUCAACCCCAAGCCUAUCAUCAUCGGCGAUACUGAGUGGCUGUCCCUCAAGGUUCACGGUCAGAGCUUCAUGAUGCACCAGAUCCGAAAGAUGGUCGGUUUGGCCAGUUUGAUCGUCCGCUGCGGUACCCCCAUGGAGCGUAUGAAGGAGAGCUACCAGAACCAGAAGAUGGCCAUUCCCAAGGCCCCUGGUCUCGGACUGCUACUUGAGCGACCCGUUUUCGAAAACUACAACCGAAAGGCAACCGAGUCACUUGGAAAGGAGGGUAUUGACUUUGACAAGUAUGAAGACAAGAUCCAGGCUUUCAAGGACAAGCAUAUCUACACCCGUAUCUUUAGCGUGGAGGAGAAGGAUAACACGUUCCACAUGUUCUUUAACCAGAUCGACCAGUUCAAGACGAAUCACUUCUUGUGGCUCACGGCUGGCGGUAUGAAGGCUGCCGAGAUCGCCAAGGACACCACAGGCGAGAAGGUGCAGCAGGAUGUUGAUAAGGAGCUCGGUGACGAGGAUGAGGAGGACCCUGAGGGCGGUGAGGGUUAA